CAACAGCGCCUAUUGUAAAUUGUGCGUUACUGACAUAUAAAUAUUUCUGUGUAUAAAACUCGGUGUAAAUUAUGAUCGAGACCUAGAAUGAAAACACAACUCGCCGGAUGGCGAUUAGUAUUUUUAUGCAGUCUUGAGCAAUCCACUUCUAGUAUAUCGUCCUGGUGUGCACUGUGGCCAUUGCAUGACAUGACCUUAGCGCAUUCAAUGCCGAGUACUAAUUGACUCAUCACAUCUACAGCCAAAUUGAUUAAGUGAUACUUAACAGUUUUUCUGAGAUUAGUAAAACAACCAAACUGCUUAAUAACUCUACAAGUUUUGGCUUUUAAGAUAGUAGAAAACACUGUUCCAUGGAAGCUGUUGCCAACUAUGCGUUUACUCCAACAGAACCGGACGAAUUAGGAUUUGAGAAAGGUAGUACUCUGUAUAUUAUCGGGAUGGAAGAGGAUCCAAACUGGUACAAGGCAAGACAAGGUAAUCAGGAAGGCAUGGUGCCUGCAAACUAUAUUUCACUGUACCCUCACCCAUGGUAUGUACCUAAAUGUAGUCGACGGGAAGCAGAAGCUAGGCUUUUGGAGACUGAUCAGCACACCAAUCGCGAGGUGCAGCCAGAUGGAGCGUUUAUCUUGAGGCAAAGCGAAAAUGAUCCUGGCCAGUUCAGUAUAUCUGUCAAAGAGGGUUCAUCAGUGUUGCAUUUUCGCAUAUUUUUUGACCCAAACGGUAAAUACUACAUUUGGACAAAUAAAUUCAACUCAAUCAAUGCGCUAAUCGAUUACCAUCGUCAUCAAACCAUCUAUGGUGUAAAAGCACUCCUACUACGCGAUUGUGUAACAAGUAAAACGUUCGGGCCAGUUGGUUCUGGGCCUAAUGCGGUAUUUAACAAUCCCCGAGCUCAAACUAAUUCCGGUUCUAGAAUCGUUCAUGCACCGGUUACCGAUGGCGCGAACCUGGUGAGCAAAGAACAGCCUCAAAAUAUGACGAGUUUGCCGCCUGGUAUAGUGUCAACAAACCUAGCUGGACGACAGUGUGUUGCUAAGUUCGAUUUUAAUGCUGAGUUUCGGGAAGAAAUGUCAUUCCGUCGAGGUGAUUGUCUACUCAUACAUGGUGAAGAAGAUGAAAACUGGUGGUUCGCUGAGAUAAUCAGUCCUUCUAGUGGUCAACCAUCUCGAGGCUUGAUUCCCGCUAAUUAUGUCGAACUCCUAUCGACUAAUACAUCUAGCUCCGCAGUUUCUAAUAUGCGUAAUAAUCCAUCAAAAGUUUCACAGCCUUCUGCUCAAGUUGCCCGGGCCAACUGAUUUACGUGAAUUAACUUCAAUAUUAUUAUAAUUUAUAUGGAUCCACGCACUAUUCCAGUACUCGCUAAAUCAAUCUAAUAGUUAAAUUCCUACAGUUCCUGUCUUAUUGCUAAUUUAUUUUUGUGCCUAUCACUUCUUUCAUGAGUCGCAAUGUGAUAGUGUGUAAGAGAAAAAAUGAAUUUGCAGAAAUUCAAAGUCCUCGUAAUUUUCACUUUGUUUUUAUUUUAGCUUGAAGAGAACAUAGUCAAAUUAACUUCUGUUUAGCGAAUUUCAAGUACUCCGCACUUUUAACGCAUCUGAACAUUAAAAAAAGUAAUAUGUAGUAAGCUUGUUAUUGUGCUGUUGGAAAACAUCACCUUGGACACUAGUAAAUAGUUCUGAAGUUAAUAUUUUGUUUUCGUUGUUGGACAUACAUGGUUGUUCAGAUGAAAACAGUGUUCAGCAUAUUUCACUUGUGUAUUUGCAGUUAAUAAACCUGGCGACACCACUAUUUUCUUAUCCUCAGAUUCCGAUGCUAAUGCAAAUGCAAAUGCAUUAUUGUUUGGUGGUGAUAAGCAUUGACGCAAUAUGCAUCGGCUCACCUAUAAAUGGUAAUGAUAAUGGUACACCAGACAUAGAAUGUAUUGUAUUGUAUUUUCAAUUUCAUUUCAUUUAUAGCUUGUUUUCAGUUGAUUGCCAAAAAAAAUUCUACAAUGAUGAGUAUACUGUUGACUAAACUAAUAUCAAAGUUAAUUCUUACACAAAUGUACUUCUCUUAUUAUGAGACAUAUCAAUUGUAAGAAACAGUUUUGUUUUUUCUCUCUCUAAUCAUCUACUUGACUAUAUUUUACCCUAAUGUUGUUAUUGAUAUGAGUAAUAUUUGUACAAAAAUUAUUCAUUUCCAGUGGGGUAUAAUAUUUGUUGUUUCUAGCCCUUAAUAUUUGUUGAUAUAUUCUCUGUUGACUAUAUAUAUACAUAU